GAGCCGCUGAUGGAUGUUAGCUGUUCGCGGCGGGUCUGCUGAGAUCGGGGUCCUGCCUGGUGCCCACAACAAGGCAGCAGCUGGCAAGCCCUGCAAGGUGGCACCACUGAGAAGCCUCGGGGGGGGGGGUGGGGAGGGACAAUCAUGAAAAAAUAUCGGUGAUCAGAGCGAUCAGAGCACUCACAGAGCUGAGAAUCCAGCUGCAGCCACUGCAAGGCACAACUUGGAAGGGAGUGAGCAACACUCUGCCAGAGCCCCUGGCUCUUGUCAACCACUCGCCUCUUUCUCUCCGUCUCUCCCCGCUGAGGCUACAGACACUGAGCACCGAAGACAGGGCAAGGAGCCGGGAGAAUUUAUAUCCUGAGCUUAAAACGUUGGAGGAGGAAAAGUGAAAGUUGAAGAUAGACUGAAUGAAGCAAUGCCUACAGCAAAUUAUACUUCUCAGAGAGUUCUUUCUCUUCUUUUAAUUUAUUGGGCAAUGUGAACGACAUCCCAUUGAAACCCUCCUGCUUGGACUUCUCCAUCAUUCCAAUCUUCGGACGAAACAUUCCCUGGAGCUGACCCGUUGGCAAGCUGCCCUUACCUGCUGAGCUGAAUGGAUAUUCCAAAGGCAGAGGUGACCCUCCUCACCAACAGCAUCCAAGCCUACAUGCAAAUUAAAUCAAACCCAGAAAAGGCUGCGUUAUACUUCAUCACUGGGGUAUGUUUUGGCCUGAUGCUGACUCUCUGCCUGCUGGUAAUCCGAAUAUCGUGCCACACUCGCACAGGAGCUGCCCCACCGGCAAAGGGGAAGGUCGAGGAAGGCAGCGAGGAAGAGGACGAGGAGGAAGAUGAGGAGGAAGAGGAAGGAGACAGCGUGUUGCCCACGAUGACAGACCUGACCCUGGCCAACCACACCCAGCCCCACACCAACUCCAAUGUGAAUGUCUUCACUUCGGCCGAGGAACUGGAGCGGGCCCAGCUGCUGGAAGAGAGGGAGCGCAUCAUCCGCGAGAUUUGGCGAAGCGGGCAGCCAGACAUUCUGGGCAGUGGCUGCCAUCAGUUUGAAAUGGAGCUGAUGCCCAAUGGAGGUCAAAGAGAACACCGAACCUGGAGCCCGACCUCUGAGGGCAAGUACUAGAACAGGAAAGGAGAAAUUAACCUUUCUUUCAGACGAUAAAGAAAGAAUCUUAUCAAUUAGCCAUGCAAAGCACACAACCAAAGAUAAUUGGAUAAGAACUUGCACAAAAUCUAUGGAAUUACCAAAAAUCAGAAAGCACAAUGAAACGAAAUAGAACCAAAAGAUUGCAAAAUAAAACUCUCCUCAUUUAGUGUAGAUUUGUGUUAGAACACUGUUAUUGCGUUAAAGGCACAGCUGUUUCAUUCAGUAUGUAGGCCUGGUGACUGCUAGUCAUUCCAUUGAUGGGGGAAGAAGCAAAUCAUUUACCCAGGAGAACCUAACCUGAUCAGAAGCAUUCAGGUAUUGACAACCCAACAACUUGUCAAAGAGGUAAUGAUACGAUUACAGGCCCUCUCAAAUUUGUCAGCUUUAACUGUUGCUAUAAAAGUAGCUACUGAAACCAGAGAGCGUGAUACUCAGCUCCCCAAUUCCACCUGGACUGUGACCAAAUCAACCUUUGUAUGCUGUAGUUUUUGUAUAUUCAAAAGCAGUAUUUUCUGGUGAGCUCGUGAAUGCUUGAUAUUUUAAAGUAUCUAACUAAUGCAAUGACCUGGGCCCAUGUCCAGGGCCUCAUUGCAUAUGGUGCUUGGACUCUUUAAGAUAUGCACUAGUGGAAAAUGGUACUGGCUUUACCCAGAAUGGGACCAAGAUGUUACAUGUCGCUUGCCUGUAUAGUUCAAUGUGUUUAAUAUUGACGUGUCAGAAGUAUCUUGUCUGUAUGGUCAGAGACACAUCUGACAAAUGCGGAUAGAUUGUUGCAUGUGAUUGGUUUAUACGCUGCAUUACAUGUAACUUACCAAUAAGGAUUAAGAUGUUACGUGUGACAGAAGAACCUUAUUGGUGAUGUCUCAAUAACACAAAAGAUUUUUGUUGUUGCGGCAACCAGUUGAGACUUUAUAACAAUAUAAUACAACUCUUACUCAUUGAUAGUAAAAAUAAAUCCUAUUCAUGAAAUCCA